GAUCAAGACCAAGAUCAAGAUCCAGAAUUCACGAGAGUGGAUAAUAGAAGUUAGUUAAUCUUGUGAAACAUUUCUUGACGUAGUGUUCAAUGGCGGGAAGUCGACUAGAGAAAAUUGGAACAAUAUUCACAAGGCCACCAAGCAAGUCUAACUCACCGGCCCCCUAAGUCUACUCACUGGAGAAUACACUACUCUCACCUCUGGGCCUUCACCACCUACAACUUCGCUCCAGCUUGCCCGCUCCCGGCUCCUCAGAGCUGUCAUGUCACACCUAUAAAGGCAACAGGGCUACUGAAAUCUGGUGCAAUGAAGCCACAAGACAAACCAUUAUGGUAUGAUAUUUAUGAAGCUUUUCCUCCAAGAUACGAGCCUCACUAUGAUAGAUCACCCGUCAUAAAGGAAAUAAAACAAAUCUUUUAUCCAGAAGAUGUCAUCAGAGGGAAAUUCUACAGAAAGUAUGGCUCUCCAGGAAUCAUCAGUCUUUCUGAUACAAGUCCUCGAUCCUCAUUGUGUCAGUUAUUUGUGGCUGAGUACAAGCACCUGCAAGCAGACAGCAGCCUCACAGAAGAUAGACUUAUGGAAGAAGCUGCAUUGGCUCUUGAGGCUAGGGGUUUUUACUUGGGUCAUUCGCGUCAUCCUCCAAAGGUUAAUCAUCCAGAGAUAACUACAUUGGAACCAGAGGAGGGAGGUUCAAGCCUUGCUGGCCAGGGUAAAAUCAGCCAAGUAAGACUUGCUGAUGUCUUCAAGGAAAGCCAAGGAGGAGAAAAGUUAUGAAAAUGCAGUUUUUAAGUUGUGAAUUAAUGUAAAUAAGUAGUGUAAUGAUUUUAGAUGUUUAUCCAUUAAAGCGUUAUCAUUCAUCCCAGCAAGCUUUCUUUACCAAGACAGGUAUAUUUCUGACAAUCUCAACUUUGCUGCAAAAGAAAUGGAUGGCUUUGUGAAAAUGUGCUUGACUUGCAGUUGCCAUGUAUAGGGAAACUGACACUCUGACACUCUUUGUUAUCUUAAGGACAUUAUUAUGUUAACUAAUUUAGCCAAAAUGUAUUCACUGCAAAAUUACACUAUAUAACAAAAUUUCA